AUCAAUACCAACCCUUUUUGAAUCACAGUUCAGGUUUUCAGCCCGAGACACACAUUAAUCAAGACCUUUUUUGAAUUAUGUUUUCAAGGACAGCAUUCGCGUCGGUAUUCCGACCACUUUCCCGGCCGGCGAACUUCGUACAGCCGCGCACUGCUGCUUUCCAGCUGCCUUCUACCCUCCAUGCACGCCUGCUGUCUACCGAGACGAGAGCGGCGAUUGAUAAGGCAGUUGCUACCGCCCCCGUUGUGCUGUUUAUGAAGGGCACGCCCGAGACCCCGCAAUGCGGUUUCUCACGAGCUAGUAUCCAGAUAUUGGGCCUGCAGGGUGUAGACCCUAAGAAAUUCGUCGCAUUCAAUGUCCUAGAGGAUCUUGAAUUGCGACAAGGCAUUAAAGAAUACUCGGACUGGCCGACUAUCCCGCAAUUGUAUGUGAACAAAGAUUUUGUUGGCGGAUGCGAUAUCCUUAUGUCAAUGCACCAGAAUGGGGAGCUCGCAAAACUGCUUGAAGAGAAGUCAGUUCUGGUAGCUGCCGAUUAGACACUCCGGCAUCAUGCCCCUUCUCUUUUGUAUGAAUAUGUCUGUAUUGACAGUUUAAUUUGAUGAUCGUUGUUACUGUAUUUUUUCUUGGAAAACGUUUGCAGCGUGUACACUUACUCUUCCAUGUGCCGCAGCGCAUAUUCCAGCCCUAUAUUGCAGACUUAGGCAUGAUGUUGGACGGGCCUAAUCUUUUCAUACAGAACUGGCUUCAACUGUGUUUUGCUCUGUAUUUAGCUGGUGGCGGUUUUAUUAUGAAAUAACAGGUAUGUCGUUGUUGAAACUAUUUACAGCUAGUCUGUUUUCCUGCGUAAAACUAUGAACGGCAAUGAUUAUGCUGUCUCUUCCUUUGCCCUGGCCAAGUCCUCGAUGGCGCCUUUCUGCAGUUUCGCGCGCUGCCUUUCUUCAUAUGCUUCUCGACUUUUUAGAAUUCGAUCAACAAUCUCGCCAGCAUUCACAUGCUGGAAGGCAUGAGACUCGGUCUCCCUG